UCGAUUGAGUCCGUCAGCAGGUGGUGCUGUGCAUGUGCAACAUGGUUGGUAAGCCUGGUGGAAUCUCCAAGGUGUCUGCCAGCAGACCUGCCCUGCCUGAUGAAAGAGUGCGACCUGGACUCAUCUUGUCCUGCACAUGCUCAGAAACACGUUGCAUUUUGAUGACGUCAGAUGCCACAUCUUGCCCUUAGUCCCUACUGGACUACCUUCACCCCUGCCCAUUUGGAACUCAUCAAACGUACAUGGACUGCCACACCAUGCGCCUGUUAUCCCUUUUGUAUGUGCACUGC